CCAAACAAAGACAGGACAAAACAAUGAAUAGAAAAACUUACCCUGUAUCUGCUUGGGACCAAUACAAAAAUAUAAUUUAUAAUAAAUGAACCCCUCAUUAACCCUCUCUCUCCAUUUAAUCAUUGUCUUCAGCUCUGGACAAACAACCCUUGCUUAGGGACCAGCACAUAGUAAAGCUGAAAGCCUAAAACCCCUUUAUACCUCCCUCCCCCAACUUUUCCACUCCUUUAUCACCUCCCUUAUUCCAUCCCCCUUCUCUUCUAACCUUUUGAAUCCCCCUCUCCACCUCUCUCUCUCUCUCUCUCUCUCUCUGAUGGCAGGAAAGCUUUGCUGAUGCCCCCAAGGAUUUCCAAAGGCAGAGGGGACAGCUCUAUUUGACCUCCAUGGCCUGGCUUAUGUGAGACUACUCCUCCCUCGCUUCAAAGUAAUUCUAUUAUUAUUAUAUCCACACAUAAAGGUCAACAUUUCCCUUCUUUCUUCCUCCCUUCCUCCUCUGUCCUCCACCUCCUUCCUUCUCUUCAAAAUUUCAUCUUUCCUCCCUUUUCCUCUCACCAUCUGCUUCCACCACCUUUCCCUUCCCUUCUCUGCUUCUGCUUUUCCUCUCUCCUCCACCUCCCACCUCUUUUCCUCUCAAUUCUCCCAAAAAAGCUUCCACCUUUCCCUGCUUUUCUUUCUUCUAGCUGGGAAUUAUCACCUCCAUCAUCGAUUUCUCGGCCAAUUCGGCAUUCUUUCUUCCAUUUCGGUGCUCGGAGGCAAAAAAGGUGAGUUUUUUCCGUCAAUUAUUUGACAUCGGCGCCUCAUCGGAGAUGAAUUGUGGGCCGCCACCGGAUCAGCUGCGGCCGUGCUUCCUCAACCUCAACUGGGAACAAUCCAUGGACCCGACCGGCCACUUCGAGUCGGCGCUCAGCUCCAUUGUCUCGUCGCCGUCGUCCAAUUCCCCUGCUCCAGCUGAGGGCCUCGCCGUCAAUAACCUCGUUGGGCGGCUGGCGAGCGCCUACAAUUCCGGCGAGGAGAUCUCCCCCGGGUCUCACUGCAUGGGUGCCCCUCUGAAUUCCCCUCCAAAACUUAAUCUUUUCAUGAUGGGCUGCCUCGGCCACCCCCAGCCGGCCAUCGGAGGCCUGCCAUUCUCGGCGAAUCCGAUUCCCGUCGCGCAUUUGGAUGAGUUGUCUGGCGACCCGGGGUUCACCAAGAGGGCUGCUAGGCUUUCUUGCUUUGAUGGCCGGAAUUACAGCGGUUUGGCGGGCCAGUUUGGGCUCCCGGACGCCGGAAAGCUCUUGAGGGCAUCGAGCAGCCAGUCUCUCAUGGCAACUGGACCCCAAAAGGGGCUGCCGGGGAGUGGUAAGGCGAUCCGGACUCAGGACGGGAAGCAACUGGAGGCAAAUGAUGCAGAAUUUGGUAAUGCUCGAGAGGAAUCAUCGGUGUUGGAUCCAAUCUUGGCAGGUGGAGAGGUGAGCUUGAGAGGUGCUGGUGAGAACAAUCCAAGGAAGAGGAAAGCCGCUCCCAAGGGCAAAGGAAAGGACGCAGCUUUACCCAAUUCUGCCAUGGAUCCUCCCAAGGCGGCAGAGGAGGAGGAUCCGAAUGCGAAGAAAAGUAGGUUUGCAGCAGAUGAUGCAACUGAAAAGGAAUCAAUUAACCCAAAGGUUGAACAAUACGGCAGUGGUAGUGCCAGUGGUGAUGGUGGGGCUCAAAAACAAGGGAAGGAGAACAAUGUGAAGCCCCCUGAGCCACCUAAAGACUAUAUUCAUGUCAGGGCAAGAAGAGGCCAAGCCACCGAUAGCCAUAGCCUUGCAGAAAGGGUGAGAAGAGAGAAGAUCAGCCAGCGCAUGAGGUUACUACAAGAUCUUGUCCCGGGUUGCAAUAAGGUUACUGGAAAAGCGGUUAUGCUUGAUGAGAUUAUAAACUAUGUACAGUCAUUGCAACGCCAAGUCGAGUUUCUUUCUAUGAAGCUGGCAACGGCGAAUCCACGGUUAGACUUCAACAAUGUCGCAGAUCUCAUCCCCAAAGAUAUGCAUCCAACUUGUGGGCCUGUGUCGAAUUCAGUUUAUCCUUUAGAGACCUCAGGUGCAGCAUUAUCAUUUGCCAACCAACCUCAGCAGGGGGCUCCUCUCCAUUGUGUUGUGGCCAAUGCCUUGGAAACCCAGUGCACUGUGAACCCAUUAGAUUCCACUCUCUGUGGAACUCUAGGCAGUCACCAGCCUUUCAUUAAUGGAUUUGGAGAUGCUUCAUCUCAGUUUUCAGCUGGGGACUUUCUGGGAGGAUGAUCUCCAAAGUGUUGUUCCAAUGGACUUAGCACAGAGUCAGGAGAUUGCCGUCUCUUCUCAGAGCUUUCAUGGUAUGUAUUAAUGGAUGUCUACGGUAUUGCUGUUCGGUUACGAAUUCCACCAAGAGAGGGGAAAAACAAAUACAUUGAUAUAUUUGUUGCAGGCCCAUUGCCAACAGCUCACAUGAAAAUUGAGCUCUGAUCAUUUGAAAUCAUUCAGAGUACAAGAUUGUAUAUAACAAGCAUGUGAAGCUUCAGGCUAACAGUCUUUAGAUCUAAGCAAAAUUUUCAUCAUUUCCUAAUUUUCUUUGGGGCAAAUGAUUCUUUUGAGAAUUCUCGCAGUUAUCAGUGUAAGGUCUCAGCAGACUAGAGACACCACAUUUAGGAUGUGCGAUGGUGAGUGAAGGAGAGAGAUUUGACAUCAUGAUGCUGUUGUAUUAUUAAGAGAAUUCUUGUAUUAAUUCACUAAGAUGUUCUUCUCCAAGUUGUCUUAAUUCUCGCCUAUGUUUCUGGGUGAUGCCUGAGAAAUCUGGUAAACAAGUCCAAGAGAAAAUCGUUGUGAACAACGCACUGUUGCUAGUGUUUCUAGCUUAGUUUAACAAGAUGGGACUACUUGUUUGUAACCAGCUAUUAAAGGGGUCACUAGGCUCUUUUUUAA